CAUGCUCUCAUUUUCUGUAACGAAAACAAGGAAAGAAACACCGCAGGGUGGCUCAGUGUAGUCUGAACUGUAUAAAUAGUUGAAAGAGAAACUCUCAGCGGCAACUAUCGAUGAAUGUUAUGAAACUAACAGUUGACUUUUAUUUCAGUUCCCUUAAUUUAAAUAGAGUGAAGGGAAGUUUGCAGGGCGGACGGGUUUUUUAUUCUUGAAACUCCUAGCAUUCUGGUUGUAAUGUUAAUCGAACUCUGGUUUAAUUAAGUGGAAGUUACUUUCUACUCUUUGGCAAAUAGUUCGCCAAAUAGCUGAACUAGAACACAGCUUUUAUUGUUCUUCCAGGAACUUUUACUCAUUUCUUCCACUGUCACCAUGGAUUCGAGCAACCCAGGAACAACAGUGCUUUUAGCUUUGCUAAGUGUCCUGCUUAUUGUGUGGUUUUUUAGAAGCAAACGGCCACAGUACGGCAGACUUCCUCCAGCUCCUCCUGCCCUCCCAAUUGUCGGCAACAUGUUCCAAAUGAAUAUAAAAGCACCUCACAAAUCUCUCAUCAAGCUGAACAAGCAGUAUGGUCCAGUAUUCACUCUCUGGUUUGGCAGCACCCCUGUAGUGGUGUUGUGUGGCUUUGCGACUCUGAAAGAAGGUUUGAUUGAGAGAGGGUAUGAUUUCAGUGGCAGGUAUCUAGUACCGAUCCUCCAAAAGAUUUCAGCUGGCUAUGGGAUUGGCUUCAGUAAUGGUGAGAGAUGGAAACAACUUCGGAGAUUUUCUCUCAGCACCUUGAAGAAUUUUGGAAUGGGAAAAAGAAGCAUUGAAGAGCGGAUUCAAGAAGAAGCACAGUUCUUGGUUACAGCUAUCAGGAACAAACAAGAGAUCCCAUUUAACCCAGAUUUUCUGAUGAGAUGCGCAGUGUCAAACAACAUUUGUUCCAUUGUCUUUGGAGAACGGUUUGAAUAUGAAGAUGAAAGGUUUCUAACAUUGAUGGAAAGAGCUGAAGGAAUUAGCCGUGCUUUAAGCAAACCUGGAGUGCAGAUAUACAAUAAUUUCCCAAAGAUCAUGGACUUUCUGCCUGGGCCUCAUCAAAAGAUAUUCCAAAAUAUAGCAGGCUUGAAAACCUUUGUGAAUCAAAUGAUCCAAAGCCACAGAGAUAGUUUACGGAAAGAUUUCCCCAGGGAUUACAUCGACAGUUUCCUUAACAAGAUGGAUGAGGAGAAACACAACCCCAACUCAGAAUUCACUGAUGAGAACUUACUGAUGUCAGUGGUAAAUUUAUUUCUGGCUGGAACUGAAACAACCAGCACAACGCUGCAAUGGGCUAUCCAGAUUCUGGUGAAGUAUCCACAUAUUCAGGAGAGAAUAUAUCAAGAGAUCUGUGAGGUGAUUGGAUCCUGUCGAAGACCUUCUAUUGAAGAUAGAGCAAAAAUGCCUUACACAGAUGCUGUCAUCCAUGAGAUUCAGCGAUACAUCGACCUUGUUCCAAUGAAUCUCCCACGUAUGGCAACAAAAGAUGUAGAAUUCAGAGGAUACCUGAUUCCUAAGGGCACACUUGUGAUUACCUUACUUUCCUCAGCACUGAAAGCCACCAGCCACUGGGAGACUCCAGAGUCCUUUAAUCCAAACCACUUCCUUGAUGAAAAUGGAUGCUUCAAAAAGAGUGAAAGUUUCAUGGCAUUCUCUGCAGGAAAGAGAAUGUGUCUAGGAGCAUCCUUGGCUCGGAUGGAACUCUUUCUGUUUUUGACCACUUUGUUGCAGAACUUUGUCUUUAACUCUGUCAUUGACCAGAAGGAUAUUGAUAUAUCACCAGCUGCUAGUGGGAUCGUGGUUAUACCCCAUGUGUAUGAAUUCUGUGCCAUUUCUCGUUAAAUAAUUUAGCAUCUCAAAUAAUUUUAGGGGGUGGUAAGAAAAAGAAGAUUCCCAAGCCUACCUAUGGAAGCAGUGUAUUUUGAAUUUAUGAAUUUUAAAUGCACCCUAAACUUCAAUACCCAAAAUCAGUUCCUUGUAAUGAUGCAUAUUAUUUUUAAGUGGCCUGAAUAACAGUAGUUGAGAUGUCGUUUUGUUAUUAUGUUUUAUACAAUUUCCUUUUUGAUUUUUUAAAAAUCACUUGAAUUUUGCUCCCAGCCCAACUGAAAUCGUAACUCAUUUCACAUCUUGAUUUAAUUUGUCUAAUAUUGUUCCCAACUGUAUCUCAUCCUUAGCAUUGUUAAACAUUGAGUCCACAUCUCCAGUACCCUGUAGUUGGCUGGACAGCUGGUUUGCAAUGAAGAGUGACACCAAAAGUGGGUUCAGUUCCCACACUAGGGCUCUCCUUUUUAACUUCUUCCCUCACGUGAGGCAUGUGACCCUCAGGUUAGACCACCACCAGCUACCUCCUUCUAAUGAGAGAGCAGCUGUAUGGUCUGAGUGACUUUAUACCUUUGUUCAAAGUAAAGGGGCUUUAGUCAUACAGAAAUUAAAACUUGCUGCUUUUUUUUGGUCAUAUUGUGAAAAAUAAUUUUGCCACCUUUUGAAAUGCUACAAAAAUCACCAUCAUAGUAUAUUAUUCAAAAUGAGAGUUGAGUAUUUCAAGGACCAGUCCGUGCUGUCUUUGGUUCUGCUUUCAAAAACCACUUGUUUUGAUUGGUAAUUUGUCUUCCAUGGGAAAACAAUGAAAUUGUGGUAUGAAAUAAGCUUGGGUAAGAAUCCUGUACUUCCAUUUAUAUGAAACAUAAUUUUUCUAAUUAGUUACUAUUAACCAUGAAGUUCUUCUAAAUUAUGAAGAGUGAAAAAUUUAGAUUCCUCUGGUA